AUGGCAGGGGUGUCCCCACAGCAGGGCCCAGGCCUGGCUCCAGGCCUGCAGCCCCCUGUGCUGCCCCAUGGCCGCCUCCCCUCCCUGCUGUGGGAGCAGAGGGCCGGAGCCGCUGGGCCGUGCCAGCGCUGUCCCCGCUCCCUGUCACUGUGCCCGGCCCCCAGGGAUGUCCUCAAGUGGAAGGUGGUGAUCGGGGCCACGGACCUGAGCCAGCCGGGCCCCGGGGCCGCGGAGUUCCAGAUCAAGCAGCUCCUGAAGCACCCGGCCUACGUGGCGGCCACGGCCAGGAACAACAUGGUGCUGCUGGAGCUGGAGCGGCCCGUGGAGUGCAGCGACUACAUCCAGCUGGGCUGCGUGCCCGACAGCUCCCUGGCAGUGCCCGAGCUCAGAACCUGCUACAUCGCGGGCUGGAGAGCCGCCCCGGACAGCGCCCCCGGCCCGCGCCCGCUGCUGCAGGAGGCCAAAGUGCGGCUGAUGGACGCCCAAGUGUGCAACAGCAGCCGCUGGUACGGGGGGGCCGUGCAGCCCCAGGAGCUGUGCGCGGGGUACCCGCGGGGCGGCAUCGACACCUGCCAGGGGGACAUCGGGGGUCCCCUGGUCUGCAAGGACAAGACCCAUGACCACUUCUGGCUGGUGGGACUGGCCAGUUGGGGCAAGGGCUGUGCUGGGGCCAGGAGACCUGGCAUCUUCACCUCCACCCAGCACUUCCACUCCUGGAUCUGUGCCCACGCCGGCCCCAGCCCCACGGGACCAGCACCAGCACCAAAGGCCACCCUGAACUCGCCAGAUCCACCAGAACUGGUGCCAACAAACCCAGAGCCAGGACCUGAGAGCAGCCAGCCAGCCAUGGACAUUUCCUUCCCAAAGAAGACCCUGACACAAUUCCUCAGGAAGCUGCAGAAGGUGUUGGAGCUCCUGAAGAACAGGACAGUGUGAGCAGGAGGGCAGCAGAUCCAGUUUUGGCUGCAGAGGAUCUCCAGCAGCUCCAGGUGGUUCCUGCCCUGAGCCCACCUCACAGAAACCUCAAAUUGAUUUAAUCCUUGAAUUAAAGUU